AGGAGUGACUUUUGUUUACAGUGCCAACAUCACAGCUGCUGAUUGAAGGUUAUAUACAUCAGCUGAAUUUAGCAUGCAGCGAUUGAAUUAUUGGCUCCAGUUUUGCUUUCAGAGAUUAAAAUCAUUUAGUAUUCAACAACAAUAGAUCUAGAAGCUUUUUGUUGUGUAAUGACUAGCAAACUUCAUUGCAGGUUUUGUCUGGAAGCGUGCCAGCUUGUUCAGUAUGAUCUGUCCAGAGCCGGAGUUCGCAUCAGAACAUACCGGGAAGGCAACAAUACCAUCAGCAAGUUUCUGAUCGAGCGGGCCAUGCCGUCCGAUUCUGGAGAGUACUUCUGUGACCCGGAUGGUCUCCAGCAGGUCAAGGUCACUGUUCACAUACUCAAUGGCGAUCACCCAGCGGCCAUGCAGACCGGGGGUCAGCCGUGUCACCGCGUGACCUCGGCAGUGGCCCUCCUCUGCUGCUGGCUUCUGCUGCUGCUGACACCGACCAGUCCCUGCUAGCCGGCCAGCUAAGGUCAGCCCGUCGGAUCGCCCCGCGGAUAUAAACCAGCGCUACUGACUGUCGCCUCCGAGAGCUCCCGAUUGUGAGCCAGUGGGGCUCACAGAACCACGCGGUUCCGCGGGGAACGCCGCUGCCCCUCCGACAUCGUGGUGGCUCUUCUGAAUGCCCGGCGUCUGUGAAGUGAAAAGCUGACUCGACUGUGUCUGUGAACUGAAACGCGGACCAGUCUGUGAACUGAAACACUGACCCGGUGUCUCUUGACCGCGGGAGGGGAUUUAAUUGUGGUGAUGAGCGGUUAAUGAGGAACGAUGAAGGGGUGAGUGCCCGCCCAAAGGGACCGGUCACAGAGUAAUGAGGUGUGAGCCUUUGAUGACGGAUCUGGAGGCGGCCCGACAAUGUUUCCCGUGGCCGACCACCUGUGAUCUCCGAGGUCAAAGACAGUUCUGGUGCUGACGGCAGAUCAGUGUGAAGUGUGAAGGAACAAUGGUGAGGACUGAGGAGCCUCCCAGGUGGCUCUCCGGCGGCUCUGUCGGAUGAAAUGGAACAAUGAUCUCUCACCAGCUCUCGUGAUGGGAUAGCUGUUCAUCGAGAAGAAGCAGUUUUGUCAAAGGAGCAGAUCCAUUUACAACACUCCGGAGACAGUUACGGCGAGCAGAGACAGUUGAGGCUUGUCGGAGACAGCUGCGGCGCGAUGGACACAUUUGUGUUGCUGACGACGGACUGCAGCUGUGUUGCCAUGGUGACGAAAUGUAUUUAUGUUUCCCGGCGACUUGUCGCCGUGGAGUUCUGUAUGCUCGCCGUACAGAACUUCGGCACGAUCCGAAUUUACCCAAACACAGCGAACUUCGGUGGGUAUGGGAUCAUUAUGUUAAAAAUAAUUCAUGACGUCAUUGGCGGGCGCACGACAGCAAGAUUGAAGAAGUGUGACUUUGCGAGUAAAUGAACAAGGCAGGAGAGAGAAACCAAUGUAGCCUCACUCCGUUUGAACAAAUAAUUCACGACUUGUGUUAGAGCUGAGGUCGGGGCUGUGCGAAAGUCGAGCGAUGCGAACGUGAAAACGAGACAGUGUUUCGUCUCUAACGUUUUGCUUUGUCGCAGAUGAUUUAGACGAAUGAAUGCUGGUGCUUUAACAGUAUGGUUUACACAAGAUUCCCAUGGUUUACAUGUAUCAAUACUACGAUUUCCGUGAUCCAAUUUGAAUUUGUCAUGACAUGUUUGUCACACAUUGGCUUAUUCUUGCGAAGUAAGAUGAAGUAAGAUUCGUAAGGUGCGUUUUUCACCAAAAAGUAAGCAUGCAUUUGAAGCAACGUGAUAUCUGCUGAGGCUAACUGCAAGCACGUUUCCAUCUUUGUUCCUUUCCAUCGCUACAACACCAUGAAUGCAUGGGUGAUGGGUAAGCGCAUUUCCUUUGAAAUGUGGAAACAAUUACGUACAGGAAUCAAAAGUAGCUGUUUGGUACGCAUUGCAGACAUGUGUUCUAACUUCUGUCACCUAAAAUGUGUGCGUCUGCAGCUACACCUAGGCGUGCUUGAUAUGUUACGGAUGUAUGUGUAAUUGUGUAUGAAUGACAUUAGUGCUUAGGUGUGAAAUUAUGUUCAAUAAAAUAAACCAUAUUUGUACUAACCAUGA